ACCGUCUCCAUUUGAUUUUGCAGUGUAAUUAAAAUCAAAUAUUCCAGAGCUUGGAUUUUGAGGAUUGAGUUCCGCUCAGUUUUCACUUUUGAGAGAAGAGAAUAUGUACUCUCUGCAUUCACUUUCUCCUCUACCCUCUCUCAAACUCUCUAUUUCAAUUCACACCCACUUCUCCAAACCCCUCACCCUCUACCCUAGUUUCACAAUCACACCACCACGCCAUCUCCACCAACCUUUAACUUCAUCCUAUUCCACAUAUAAAGCUCCUGCUUUUCUUGGCUCUAAGCUCGUCAAUCCGAGAACCCACUUUCAUAUUCUUCGUUGCAAUGCUCUCAAAGGCUCUGGGGACGAAACCAAGGCGGCCGUGGACAGUGGAGGGGUCGAUGAUGGCGGAGGAGGAGGAAGUGGCGGCGACGGUGGGGGUGAGGGUGAUGAGCAGCUGGAGCAAAAGGGUGGGGGUUUGUCAGACUGGGUCAAUUUUACUUCCGAUGAUGCCAAGACUGUCUUUGCUGCGAUAGCGGUUUCGAUUGCCUUCAGGACGUUUGUGGCUGAACCGAGGUACAUUCCUUCCUUGUCGAUGUAUCCUACAUUUGAUGUCGGAGACCAUGUUAUUGCAGAGAAGGUAUCUUACUAUUUCAGAAAGCCAUGUGCUAAUGAUAUUGUGAUAUUUAAAAGUCCACCUGCUCUUCAAGAAGUAGGCUAUACUGACGAUGAUGUCUUCAUCAAAAGAAUUGUUGCUAAGGAAGGAGAUAUUGUAGAGGUUCGUAACGGGAAGCUAGUAGUUAAUGGAGUAGAAAGAAAUGAGAAGUUCAUCCUUGAAUCACCUUCUUACAACAUGUCACCCGUACGUGUACCAGAAAACUCAGUCUUCGUGAUGGGCGACAACCGCAAUAACAGCUAUGAUUCACACGUUUGGGGUCCUCUACCAGCCAAGAAUAUACUAGGAAGAUCCGUAUUUCGCUAUUGGCCUCCACAGAGAAUUGGUGGCACAGUUCUGGAGACUGGUUGUGCUGUGGAUAAGCAGGAGAGUGCUCCAGCAACUCAGUGAUUACUCUCAUUAUAACUUGUAAUUUCACCAUUGUUUUUGUGAUCUUGCUACAAAUGGAAACUGAAAAAGUCUAUUUGAUUAGACGGGCCCUUGUUUUUAUUAUUUCCUUUUGGAACGGCCCUUGUGUUGGAUCUUAAUUCUUAAUUGAUGAAAUACAAAGUCAACCUUAAAAUUUGUUGACCUCA